UUUGUUUUGUUGAGAGAGGCGCGCGGAUUGCGUCUAGCUAUCGGGAACAGUUUAGCGAAUUAUCUAACGAUCGGUCGGAAACCCGGUCCAGUAUUUGUGUUAUAAUUCGGGCAUAGUUAUACAAAUCGGGCGAUGGAGUGGUCGAAAGAUAAAACGUUAAAGUUGAUCGAGCUGUUGCAAGUAAACGCGAGUUUGUGGAAUCCAUCUUUAUGCGAGACGCGAAGGGACAAACAAAAGCGACGAGAAGAGUUGCGAUUGAUAUCGGAAUUGUUAGGAAUUUCUGUGUUAGACAUCACGAAGAAGAUACAACAUCUUCGUACACAAUACAACCGGGAGUCGGCGCGGGAAGCUCGAGCGUUUGCUGAAGAACCUAACGAUAGAUAUGUCAGUAACUGGUACGCCUUCGAAUAUCUACAUUUCUUGAAAGACUCGAGGAAGCCGUACAAGAUCCUUUUGUCGGAGGACAACAAUACUGAAAUAGGAGUAUUAUCCCCACAUUCCGACAAUGCAGGCAGUGACUGCAAGCUAGCCAACCUGUCUCCACCACACAAGAUCUCUCGGACAGAGUCACAUACACCUGCAGUCAGACCUGAUAUAGUCUACCCCUCAGUAUCAAGAACCAGAGAUGAAUUCUCAGUAUUCGGAGAAUAUAUAGCCAAUGAGCUGAGAUCCCUUAAAGGAGAGAAGAACUUACUGGUUGCUAAGAAAAAGAUACAGGAUGUAAUAUUCGAAGUGAAAAUGGGAAUGAUCAGUGAACACCGUACUGAGCAACCAAUAUGUACAGUAUUCACAAAUACUACACAGCCUCACCAAACUACGAUACACAGUAGCAAGUUAUACUCUACUCCCGUUAUGACCACAGCUGCACAUAUUGAGCCUCUCACAUCGCACACACCACCAACAACGGGAAUCAGUGAAAUUAUUAUUAACGGAACAUGUCACUACCCAAACUUUAAAGUUGAUAGUCAAUAGCAGUGUCAUCCACUUCCCGUUGAGGAGGUGGAUAAAAAUGAGGGUUACAAUAUAAAUAAUUAAGUCUUUGACUGUGGAUAGAGACUGCUGAAGGCAUAUCCGUAGCUAACUGUUGGUCUUCAGUGACCUAAUGUGGUGUUUAGUCUGUAGUAUAGUUUAAAAUGUCAACAAAACAAUCAACUAUGUUGUUUGAUAACUAAAGUAUUAUUUUAACUCAUACAUCCAUGUUUAAACUGUAAUUUAUCAUUAUGUAUUUGAUGUACCUAAAUGUAUUAGAGAACUAUGUAAUUGCUUUAUCAAAUUUUUCGUAUUUCCUGCUAAAUGGUACUUAGUAUGUUCUUGUCCUAUUAAGUUAUGUAUUGAAUAACUCAUAUUGAUUCGAUUUUCAUACAUAUCGGUGCAUAGAUAUGAUUUUGAACAGCUUUUUUUAAUACUAAAUCAAGUAUUAUACAUUUAUCUGACAUAGUAUUAAUUGUAAAUAAAAUAAAAUAAGAAAAGUAAUAUGAUAUAUUGCUUAGAUUGUAAAAGAAAACUAAUGGUGUUCAAGAAAGCGCGCGCAGUUCGCGACUUAUUCGUCACUCGGGAGCGGCGCUUUCGCCAGAUCUGUACCCUUAGUACGAGUUUGCUUUACUUUUUUACUCUCUGAUUGGUUGGUUUAUUCGAGCCGGCCAAUCAGAGCGCCGAACGCGCUCUUGUUUCGUUUUCAUUCGACGCAAACUCGUACUAAGGGUACUGAAGGCACCAUAAGAUCUGAAAUUAGAUCUAUCUAGUCUACCUAGUCAAGCCUGAAUGCUACUAUUAUUUCUUAUGUAGUUUCAUGAUCUAGGUACUAUUCUAUUGUUUUACUUAUUACUACAAUCAGUAUUGAAACUUCGAUCUCAACGAAAUAUUUGUAUGUAUAUAAGUUGUAAAUGUAUUAGAUGUAAUGUAUUAGAUUUUUAUGAAAAAUC